UCUACUCUACAGAUGAACCAGGUCGGGUUCAGCUUCAGUUACAGGAGGAAAUUCUCUGUCUAGGAGCCUUUAGACUGUAACGAUGGAAGAGGAGGUUACCUACACUUCAGUCAUAUUCAAAUCCAACAAGCAAUUAAAAGACCUUUCAGCUAAAAAGGACGAGCAAACUGUGUACGAUGAAGUCAAGGUGCAAAAUAAAGCAACUGUACAAGCUCCUGACACAAAUGCUCAAAGGAACAAGCAAACUGUGAACGUUGACGUCAAGGUGCAAAAAAAAGCAACUGUACAAACUCCUGACACAAAUGGAUUCUUGACAGACAAGAAAUCAGAGGGCAGACGGCAGCAGUUGAAGUGCUGCUUGGGGACUCUUUGUGUUACUUUGCUGUUGGGCAUCAUAGGAGUCUGUGUUUACUAUACUGUAUCAUCUCAUUAUUUAAGCAUGGUGAACCAGUUGAAGCACAACCAGACGUCCCUACUGGCUGUCAUCCUCAACCACACAGACCUCAUCAAUAAACUCAGGUCAGACUCUGAAAACUUGACACAAGCUGUUGCUGUUGCUGAGAGCAAAGUCAAAAGCCUGAAUGAUGAAAAGCUGAACCUGAGCAAGGAGCUGGAAAACCUAAAAGAACCAAUACACAACGUCAGCCGAGCUCAGUGGAGCAUUGACGCCUACUGCCGCUCCAAACAUAAUAAUACAAGACAGUGUGAACCUUGUCAGAAAGGCUGGCUACUCAACCAGACCAGCUGCUAUGCCAUUAAUGAUGCUAAAGCUGAGUAUCGAAAUACCUGGGAAAAAGCUCGAGAAGACUGCAGAGGAAAGAUUUCAGAUUUGGUUGUUGUAGGGGACGGUGCUGAAAAGGAUUAUGUCCAUAAAAACAGCUGGGAAGAUUCAGGAAUCAAAGGAUACUGGAUUGGCCUGAGAGCAGAAGAUGGGAAAUGGAAGUGGGUUGAUGGAAGUGAUCUUACUGAUAGCUCCUGGAUGAAAGAGACUCCUAUCACAGGUCGCUGUAUAAUUUGUCAGGACCAAGGAUGGAAAUCAGUGAGCUGUGAAGACAAGAACCGAUGGAUCUGUGAAAAGAAGGCUUUAUCUCUUUAAACUAUAAUUAAACUAGAGUAGGCUACUAGAUAGUCUGAGGCUGUGGCUUGGAAGGCAGAGUAG